CAGCAGCAGCAGAACUCCUCGCUCCUCUCAUUCAGUGGUUUUAGUUUUGCUCUGGUUCACUCCUGGAGACCGUGCUGGACUCUUACCUCUGUGAAGGACAGUUUUUUGUUGUUGCUGGUAUUGUUUUGGGCGUUGCAUCAUGGAGCCCACUGGGGAAUAUCCUGACACUUAUGACUAUUAUGAAGAUAAUGAAACUGCCUGUGACUUCUCAGAGUGGGAACCUUCUUACUCCCUCAUCCCGGUGCUCUACAUGCUCAUCUUCAUCCUGGGCCUGUCAGGUAACGGUGUGGUCAUCUUCACGGUGUGGCGAUCCAAAUCCAAGCGUCGAGCUGCUGAUGUCUACAUUGGGAACCUGGCCCUGGCUGACCUCACCUUUGUUGUGACCCUACCUCUCUGGGCUGUGUACACGGCCCUGGGCUACCACUGGCCAUUCGGUGUGGCUCUGUGCAAGAUCAGCAGCUACGUGGUUCUGGUCAACAUGUACGCCAGUGUUUUCUGCCUCACCUGUCUGAGUUUUGACCGCUACCUGGCCAUCGUGCACUCCCUGUCCAGCACGAGGCUGCGAUCGCGAGGCACCAUGCUGGCAUCCCUGGGUGCCAUUUGGCUCCUGUCCUGCCUCCUGGCUGUGCCCACGCUGCUCUUCCGCACCACGAUGAACGAGCAAAACAGCAACCGGACCAGCUGUGCCAUGGACUUCAGCCUGGUGACCAUGAACCAGAGGCACGAGUCCCUGUGGAUCGCAGGACUCAGCCUAUCCUCCUCCGCCUUGGGCUUCCUCCUACCUUUCCUGGCAAUGACCAUCUUCUACUGCUUCAUCGGCUGCACCGUCACCCGCCACUUCAACAACCUGCGCAAGGAGGACCAGAAAAAGAAGCGCCUGCUGAAGAUCAUCACCACGCUGGUGGUGGUGUUUGCUAUCUGCUGGACCCCCUUCCAUGUGCUGAAGAGCAUGGACGCCCUCUCCUACCUGAACCUGGCACCGAGCUCCUGCGGCUUCCUGCGCUUCCUGCUGCUGGCUCACCCGUACGCCACCUGCUUAGCCUACAUCAACAGCUGCCUCAACCCAUUCCUGUACGCCUUCUUCGACCUGCGCUUCCGCUCCCAGUGCUUGUGCCUGCUCAACCUGAAGAAGGCCAUGCACGGUCACAUGAGCUCCAUGUCGUCCACUCUCAGCGCCCAGACUCAGAAGUCAGAGGUGCAGUCUCUGGCCACCAAGGUUUAGGUGGCUAAAGGAGAAAUGCGGCUGCAGGGCAGUCCCAGCUCUAACCGCUGGAACACUUGUUCAGAAAACAGACUUUAUGUGUCAGCCGUGUAGAGCUGGUCAGAUGAGACGAUUAACGUUGAACUGUCACUACUGUCGGCGUGUCGCUCCUGUUCUGCAGCGAGACGUCGAUACUCUGUUUGUUGAGGGGACUCGGGAAGCUGGAGCCAGCUGGCUGAGCUCUUUAGCUGCUUUGGUCUUCAAAUUCUCAAAAAAAAAAAAAGAGGGAAAGUCUAUAUUUUUUGUCUUUUUUUUUCCUCUUCGUGGGACAUUUUGUUUCUAUCGUAAAAGAGUUAUGAAUUGUGAACUGAUGAUGUUUAAAAAUAUAUUUUACACUGGAUGAAAUAUACAGCUAGACAUUAUUUUCAUACCACUUCUGUUUUUUUUAAAGCACUUGUUCAGAACGAGUGAGCAGGGAUUACAAUUUUUGUUUUGUUUUGUCUUUUUUAAAGCCUGAGGAUGUUUGUGAAGUUUGGGCUGCAGGAGGGAGGAAGGAAGGGAGGUGAAAGAGGAGAAAAGGUGUUGCAGCCUAAUUAUAUAGUUUGUGGAGAAGAGACGGGGAGGGUUUUGGGGGCAGGUGGCAAAUGUUAUUUUGGAACAGGACACACUGUGAGGUGUGAUGGAUGGGUUUUUGAUGUUGCUGUUGUUUUAAAAUGGGACAAAAUAAAGCCUUCAAACUGUUUCAAACUGAUGUAUAUCUUAUAUUUUUUGACACCACUGUAACUAACUACUGUAUUAAAGAUGUGUGCCAUAAACUGA